CUAUGAAAAAAAUUAUCUCUAUCCAUUAACUAAUCUAGAAACUAAGCUACAUAAUAUCUUAAUAGUAUAUUAGAAAAAAUAUCCGGAAAAGAAAAUAACAGAAAAGAAGUAAAGUAUUUCUGGGUAAUUUACUACUUUUCUGUCCUUUGAAGUAACUUAUGGAAAUCCCAUAAGUGAAAACUUAGUACUCUCCAGUGUUACCAAAUCGACUUGUUAACUUAUAAAAUCUAUAAAAGAAAGGUAAUCAAGGUCAUACUCUUGGCAUUAUUCUUCGAGGGAGUGACUGAGCCACAUUUACCACAAUAUCAAGUCCGAGUGUAUCUAACCUUUGGUAUAGGGGAGAAGUUCUCGACAUAUGCUAAUGUGUCUAUAUCUUUUUAAUAUCGUUAUCAUUGUUCACUUGUUCUUAGGUACUACACAUUUCCUGAAAACGCACGUUCGUGUUCGAGUUCAUUACUUAUCGACCAUUAUCUCUAAUGUAACGCAAACCUAAAUUAUCAACAUGACAACAUAACAUAACAUCACAAAAUGAUGUAAUAAAUUAGUAUAAAAAGUGUUGUGGUUUAAAAUAAUGUCAUACAACGUAUAUUGAUACCAUAAAAUCAUCUAAAAAUGACAGCAGGAGCCUUCGUCUUCCUCUGCUUUGCCGGAACUGCUCUGAGCCAAUGUAUUGGCCGUGAAACUCUUCUGGGACCUGGUCUUGCUGGUCCGUUUGGACCUGCCUGGGGAUACGAUGGCCUGGCACCCUAUGAAGGACUUGGUUAUGGGCCAAUGAGGGCAGGUCUAGGUCCCAUGGGACCCGGUCUAGGUCCCAUGGGCCCCGGUCUAGGUCCCCUAGGAAUCGCUCCUGCCAAUGGACUUGCUGCUGGAUACGGUGGAGGUCUCGCCGUCACCAGUGCAUCACCCAUCGCACCCACCGGCCUCUCAGUGACAUCUGAGAACGCGAUCGAGGGUACGCUUGCUGUCGUCGGCCAGUUGCCUUUCCUCGGCGCGGUAGCUACAGAUGGCGCUUUCCCCACCGUGGGUGCUGGUGCUGUAUCCUACGGCUGCGGAGACGGCGCUAUCGGCAUCGUAGCUGAGGCUCCCAUCGCCCCCGCUGUUGCCCCAGCUCCAAUGGGGCCAGCUCUCGGAUACGGCCCUGGAAUGGCUCCAUUUGGAUACGGUCCAGCAAUGGCUAGCUACAGAGGUCCUUUGGGCAACUGCGGUCUAGGACCUGUGUACUAACUUAAUUGUUGCUAUGUUUUAAAUCGUUAGUUUAAUAAUUAUAUUAUCACACCAAAGUAUA